UAAACGCCAUUUUACCGUCCACCACAUUGGUGUCAGUGAGUAAUUGGCCCGAGCGGUCUGAGGUGGCUGCCGUGCCGUUCCCGAACCAGGUCGUCACGCCUCAACAAGUGGUGCCGAAACCCGGCAUCGAACCAGGGACCUUUAGACAGGACUGGAUCUGUGGUCGUCCUCAUAACCCAUAUGCCCGUGCACCGGGAGAGGAUGAAGUGCCCUGGCGGCACCCAGGACUCCGAGAGCCAAAGGACAACAACAAGCCAUCGGACGAUCCGACAGCACCCGAGGGCUCCGUACGGGCGAAGGUGAAACGACAACGGUACCUUUGUAUCAUUCUGUUGAUAGGGUUUGUUGGCACAACUGAUGCCGAGCAUUACCCUCAUCAACCAUUCAGGUGGGUUCUGCGUCACCUUUCAGGCGAUGAAGCAAUCAAAGAAACUAUAGUACCAGGUGCCCCGUCCUUUGAUUUUAAGCUAAGGGACAUAUUCCCCUCCCAGAUGGGGUUUCCCAACUUUGGGGAAUCGUCACUGUAUCAGACCUAUUGGUGCCCUGCCUCUAACCCAGGUAAAAGUUAUUGCAAUUACCCAGGGUACGGUUACUGUGGAUACUGGGGGUGCGAAACCAUUGUGACAAGCGAUAGAUGGCAGCCACAGCAGCUUGACAAGUUUCUACAAGUUACCUAUGCUCCCAGCGGCUGUCGCGAACCUAAAUUCGCGAGGGACGGGCUGAUAUACACACCCCAAGAUGGAAUUAAACACACCUGCAAAGGCUAUACAAUGACCAUCCAGCAGCCAACGCACGAAAGUUGGGCUACUGGUAGGGUUUGGUCGGUGUUCAUCCGCGCCUUUCGCGACUAUUGGGUGAACAUCCAAAUCGUUAGACUCCCACAUGUGACACCCAUCUCUCUUGGACCUAGCCCGAUCCUUGCAAGAAACAGGGCCAGAGAGAGAGCUACAGCUAUCAUCGAACCCAUACGUGAAGCACACGUACCUAGCCCCGCCUCUACACCACUCGUCCCUGUGGUGCCCAAGUCAGCUUCUUAUGACCCAUAUUUUAACAUGCUAAAUGCUACCUUUUUGUCCCUGAACCAGUCGAAUCCGGAUCUCACUGAGUCAUGCUGGCUGUGUUAUGACUCAAAGCCCCCCUUUUACGAGGGCGUUGCCUUGAAUGUCUCCUUCAACUACUCAACAUCGCAAAAUCCACCCCAGUGUAGGUGGGACACCCCCCGAAGAGGGAUCACUUUGAGUCGGAUUACGGGUCGAGGCAAGUGUUUGGGCAACGCGACCGUAGCCAGGCAAAAAGGCAUAGUUUGUGAUGAGUUCAUACAGCCCCAAAGUUUGGACAAAUGGGCAAUCCCAACUGAGCCAGGGAUGUGGGUGUGCCAACAAUCUGGGGUCAGCCCUUGUGUGUACCUUGAUAAUUUCAAUUCUUCUGUUGACUUUUGUGUCCAAGUUCUUAUUGUUCCUAGGGUCAUAUAUCACCGAGAGGAAGAAAUGCAUCUUCUAUCUGAUGAACCUCGCCAGCUCCACAAAAGGGAAGUAAUGACUAGUAUCACCUUUGCGAUGCUCCUCAGUUUAGGAGCUGCCGGCACAGAUACAGGUGUUUCGGCCCUUAUAACCCAACGCCAAGGACUUUCCCAACUGCAGGCAACCGUUGAUGAGGACUUGCAAAAAACUGAGGAAUUCAUCUCCCUUUUAGAAAAAUCCCUCUCUUCUCUUUCAGAGGUCGACCAGCAGGACAGACGAGGCCUGGACCUCCUGCUCAUGCAACAGGGAGGUCUGUGUGUCGCCCUGAGAGAGGAAUGCUGUUUUUACGCGGACCAUACGGGAGUCGUGCGAGACUCAAUGACCAAACUGAGGGAAAGACUGGCUUCCAGGAAAAAAGAGAGGGAAAGCCAGCAGGGAUGGUUUGUCAUAGCUCAUCAGUCCCCGUGGCUAACCACCCUUAUCUCUACUCUCAUAGGCCCUUGUGUUAUGAUACUUUUGGCAUUAAUGUUUGGACCCUGUAUUUUGAACAAGUUAAUGUCAUUUUUAGAAAUCGCUUUGACUCAAUUAACAUCAUGCUAGUUGAACGCCGACAACUGCUUUAAGCAAAGCUUUUUGAACAGUUAAUAGUGAUAUUAAAGUUUAAUAGCUCAGGCUUUAGUUGCUUAAUAACUUGCAGUUUAAUAGCGUUGGAUUAAUAAUGUUUGUUUUAUAGAUGCUAUUGCAUUUGGUUAGGCAUAGAGAGCGGGAGAAGUGCAGGAAGAUAGGGACAGGCGGUCGGAAGAUUGCGUGUUGUACGGAAAGAUAGGACCUCCCCUUUGUUUGUUACGCAAGCAGAUGGACGUGAUGUAACCCCAGGCUAUAUAAUGCCGUGAAACUCGGAAAUAAACGCCAUUUUACCGUCCACCA